AUGGAGGCGGCCCACGACUCCAGCAGAGCUGGGGCAGCGCAGCAUGCUUCGACUGCGCAAAGCCUUGCGAGGAUUCUGAGGGAGCACAGAGACAUACAGCGCAAUGCUUCGCCUCAUUGGACAGCCGCUCCACUUUCACUCGAGGAGCCCCGAGAGUGGCAUUUCACACUGAGAGGGCCCCCGGACUCCCCGUUUGAGGGGGGUAUGUACCACGGACGUAUAGUGUUGCCAAAGAAUUACCCCUUUGCUCCUCCAUCUCUUAUGCUGCUAACAAGAAACGGCCGAUUCGACGUCAACAAAAAGAUAUGCUUGAGCGCGAGCAGUCACCAUCCUGAACUCUGGCAACCAGCAUGGGGCAUUCGCACUCUUCUUGAUGCACUCUGCGCUUUCUUCCCCACGCCAGCUCAGGGGGCUCUUCAUGCCCUAGAGGCCUCAGAGAAGGACCGGAGACAGAUGGCGCUGGAGAGCGCCUCUUGGGUGUGUCCAGUUUGCAAAAGACCCAACAGGCAACUUGUUGAAGAGGGCUGCGCCGCACCUUCCAACACUUUACCAGAAUUGCCUGAACAGCUGAAGGCUCAGGCGCUCCUUGCGAGGAACCAAAGCGAACAGCAGCCGGGGAAGGCGGACGCUGUUCAGGGGCCCCUGCUGACCCCGCAGGUUGGAAGCCCGUCCGAUGUUGGCAACUCUUCAGCAGUUCCACCGUCCAGCAGUAUCAGAGGCACCAGCAGUGGCAACCGAGUCGCAAACAGCAGCAGUAGCAGUGAUGGACAUUCUGUAGAGCGGAAUCCUGGGGGCUUAUCUACGGGCAGGAGACCUGCUCGGCCCCAGGCUCCUCCAUUCUGGGCUUUUCGGCUUGGUUCUCCUUCUAACAGAACGGAGUUUCUGAUUGCGUGGGCCGACUUGAUGCUCUUGCUUUUGCUGCUGGCUUCGUUGCUGCUGUUGGGUGACCUGCUGUUGCAGCCCCCCAAAUUUUCUUUGUUGCUCCCGUCUCCUUCGCUUAACCGCUGA